AUGGAUCCAGCUGCCGCCUUCGGGUCCAUGGAUUUGCCAACCCCUACGCCAGCGGCCGUCGCCGCGCCUGCGCCCGUGCCCACACCGGUACAUGCCGCAACGCCUGCUCCGAUGCCACCACCUGCUGGUUCGGGCUCACUGCCAUUCCCCUCGGCUUCAGCCCCUGGAUCCGGCUCGACUGCCGCUCCCAUCUCCAGCCACGGCCCCAAUCCCGGUCCUGGGGGCCACCUUGCACACGGCCAUGCUUACGCCCACGGUCACAGCAACCCGCCCGGCCUCGGCCUCGGCCCCGACUCUCACAAUGCCAUGUCUUCUCAGAGCCGCCCAUGUGACAUUUGCCGCCAGCGCAAGACCCGAUGCGUUCGUGAGGAGGGUCGCGACAAGUGUGUCAUGUGCACCUUCCACGGCCAGCCUUGCACCUACCUCCGCGGGCCCUUGCCUCGCAAGCGCCGCAAGGCUACCGAUCCCGCCGAGCACCGUUCUCAGCCCAACGGCUCCGCUGGCGCUUCUUCAUCGGCAGCUUCGGCUUCAGGCCCGACCUCGGUACCGGGCGCAGCCUCGACAUCUGUUCCCUUGCCCCUGGAUCAUUACGAAGACCUCGAGCAAACGUCACCAGAACAUCUCGAGGCUCUUUCUCCCUCGCUCGCCGGCUCAGACCAAGUCGGCUACUCCUACAUUCGCCAUCAGCCCUCUCUACUCGAUGGCACUCUCGGCCUGCAUCUCAAGACGCACUCCGAGUAUAUCGGGUUGACCAACUACAGAGAGCCGUGCCUGCUCGACCUCCAUCGCGCCGAGGACUCGACCGCCAGAUCUGUCCGCCGUCUCGAUGACCAGACCGUCUUCCUUAUCCACAGAGACAAGGAAACGACAUCGGAAUCCCAGCGCAUAGCUGACCUUGAUGCCAUCGAGAAAGUCGUUCAUCCACUGGGCUCGUCCCUCGUCAACCUCUACUUCCGCAUUGUGCAUCCCAGCUUUCCUAUCCUCCACAAAAAAGUGUUCCUCGAAAAGUAUGCCCGGUCGUAUCACGAGUUCUCCCCGCCAUUGUUGGCUGCUGUCUAUCUACUCGCUCUCGACUGGUCUCUGUACGACCGCACACUGGCGACAUCCUCCUGGCAACCAGACCAGACGGCUCUCGAAGCUCUCGCUCUACGAACCAUGAGUGAUGACAUGAAGCGGCCGAAAAUAUCAACUCUUCAGGCUGGUCUUUUGAUUCAACAACGUGCAAAGAACAAUACCUGGAACGUCACUGCCCAACUCAUCGCCUUAUCCCAGGGUCUUGGUCUUCACGUAGAUUGUAGUGACUGGGCCAUUCCAGACUGGGAGAAGGGACUUCGUCGCCGUCUUGCCUGGGCCCUGUUUAUGCAAGACAAAUGGGGGGCUCUCGUUCACGGCAAGCCGUUUCUUAUCCGUCCGAAUGAGGACUGGGAUGUCCAGCCAUGUUGCAUCGAAGACUUCCCCGAAAAUGCCGCUGACGAAGAACACGAUCCGGAGGGCAGCUCCGAAGUAGUCGUCGGUCGUGAGCUAUUUCUGCGCCAUAUUGAGCUGUCGCUCAUCCUGAGCGAUGUGCUACGGACGUUUUACACGGCUAAAGCCACUAGGAGAGGAGGUACGCUGGACCAGAUUGGCACCAUUGGCGUCGCCGAACUUGCUAAGCCUAUUGUUAUGAUGCUCCGAGAAUGGUACAACGGGCUGCCCGAGGCAUUGCAGCUCAGGGACACCCGCCUCAAGAAGCUGUGUGCGAACGGCUCUCUCCACCUGUCGUACACUGCCAUUGACUUGGCCCUACAUCGAGCCAUGCUUCGCAACAUUAGCUCAUCAGCUCCUAGAGAAUUGCGCAACGCUAUUCGAACGGGGGCGCGUUCUCGUCUUCUUGCCGCUGCAACCAUCAUUUCGAAUCUGCAGCCGGAGCAUACGCAGUCUUUCUGGGGAUUCAUGGCCUCUGCUCAGCUAGCAAGCAUUGGCACCUUUGCCGGACUCCUUUGGGCCACCAGUGAUGACGACGCGGAGGCCUCAUUCUACGCGGAGCGCGUUGAGGAGUAUCUUUGGAGCUUGCGCGUACGGAGCCAGGCUGUGCCCUUCGCACGAGAGGCGCUUCGACUCCUGGAAGCCGAGGUGGGCGGGCUCGGUCCGGUACGGGCAGCAGGUAUGCCAGGAGAGGUCAUGCGAGUAUGA